AUGGGAGGAUUUAAAGAAAAAGAAAUAAUUGAUUAUUUGGAACAAAAUAACCUAGUCUCUGCUGGAAAAUAUAAUUUAGCAGUGAGUUUUGCGGUUGGUUAUCCUUCAAAAGAGGACAAAGAGGGAGUGAGGGAGAUUAAUGUUUACCAAAUCUAUUACGAAAGAGAAGAACAAGGCAUUACCGAAAAACUAGAAAGAGGAGAAUUAGAUUUGAGCGAAGCACUUGAUAUGAAAUUCCCACUAACUAAACUAACUUUGGGAAAUAAGCCAAAUUUAACUACACUUGAAUGCUCCUAUAAUCAACUAACUUCCAUUGAUGUAUCCAAGUGUCCUAAUUUAACUGAACUUGAUUGCUUCUAUAAUAAACUAACUUCCAUAGAAUUCUUAAAACAACUACCUCACCCUGAGAAAAAACUAACUUUGGGAAAUGAUGACCCAGAAAGAUGCAAAAACAACAUUUACAAUCGUUUCUAUGGCAGUUUAGAACCAUUAAGGGGCAUGACUAAAUUACCAGGUUUAUGUAUUGAUGGCACUGAUGUUGAGGAGGGAUUGGAAUAUUUACCGACUACUAUUGAAAAAGGCGAUUUUAAACACCAAAUCACCCAAACCCAACAAGAACUAAUUGCAACGAAAACCAACACCCCCGACAAAUUAAAACGUAUUCAAAGAUUAGAAAGUAAAAUUAACCAUUUAGAAAUCAUUAAAGAUUUAUUAAAGCAAAGAAACCAAAUAAUCGAACAAGUCCAAGAGGAAAGAGAAAUUCACCAAGACAGUUUAAAAGCCAUGGACAACUUUUAUCAACAAAACCCACCCCAAGAGGAGCAGAGAUUAAAUAACAUCCUCAAAGUGUUUGAAAAAGAUUAUUUAAAACUUAACUGGGAAAAUCAACAAAAAGACCAAAAGGUUAAGGAAGAGCAAGAAAAAUCAAACAACUGA